CGUCUUGUUUUUUUUCUCACAUUAGAAGAAAUUUUCACUACUUUCUUAGCUUUUGGUGACAACAACAUCAAAUUGUCAAUAUGACGCAAAAGAUUGUGAUGAAGGUUCAAAUGAAUUGCCAAAAAUGUCAGACUAAGGCACUCACUGUUGGUGCUGAAGCAAACGGUGUGAACUUUGUGGGAUUAGAAGGAGCAGAUAAAGAUAAAGUGGUGGUGAUUGGUGAUGGAGUUGAUGCUGCAACGUUGGCUACUACUAUGAGGAAGAAGGUUGGGCACACUGAUAUUAUUAGUGUAGCAGAGGUGAAGAAAGGAAACUAAGUUUUUUUUUUUUUUUUUUUUUUUGA